AUGCGCGUCACGAUAGAAAUCGAGGGUGAAGAGAAACUGAGUGGUCUGCCAGCCAUUCUGAUCUCCAACCACCAGUCGGAGCUUGACGUGUUCAUGCUCGGCAGAAUCUUUCCAAGACGCUGCGUCGUCACAGCCAAGAAACAGCUCCAACUGGUGCCGUUUUUGGGCUGGUUCAUGACCUUGUCGGGUACCUUUUUCCUGGACAGAUCGGACCGCGAGAAGGCCAUCCGUGUGCUCAACAAGGCUCUCGACGAUCUCAAAGCCACCAGCGGCGGCCUGUUCAUGUUCCCAGAGGGAACCAGAUCGUACUCCUCGAAACCGACUCUGCUACCGUUCAAGAAAGGGGCGUUCCACCUGGCGGUCCAGGCGCAGAUCCCCAUCAUUCCUCUUGUGGUUUCCAACACCUCCAACAUCUACAGUCUGAAGGAAAGAAACUUCAACACGGGAACAAUCAAGGUUAAGGUUCUUGAUCCGAUCAGCACCGAGGGACUCACUAAGGACGACGUGAACAAGCUGGUCGAGGCCACGUACGCGAAGAUGGAGGCCGAGAUCCGCAGAGUCGGCAUGAGCGCGGUCGCCGGCGACGUUUCUGGCGAGUCUGAAGCGCUGCUUUCCGAGGGAGCUCAAUAG